AUGGACUCCAUGCGGUCACUGAACACCUCUUUGCCGAGCUCAACACCUCGCACACAGCCCCCCGAGCAACUUCUUCAACAAUUCAAGGCGGCGGCGUUAUCAGUCACCAACCUCUACAAGAAUGCAGUGUGUGAGCAAGCCCAGGCGAAAGCCGCAGGAUACCAAGAGGCGGUAGAAGACCUGCUGCAUUUCCUCGACCGAGAGAACCUUGGGCUCGGAGACGGAGAAGGGUGGAAAGUCCGACAGUGGGCAACUGAAAGGUGUGACGGGACUACAUCCCAGACCAGUGACGAGGAGGCCGAGGCCGAGAAGCGCGACCGAAGUGCCACACCAACCACAACGCGCAAAGACUCAUCACCUGUUGACCAUACUCGUCAACAUCCCACAACCACUCACACGCCUGCGUCGAAACCCGAAACCGUCACUCCUCCCUCACAACCUCAUGAGUCACCCUCGCUGGCUACGCCCGCCAUCUUCACCUUCUCCGCCGGUCCUACAUAUCCCGAACACGACAUGGAUGUGCAAUCCGAUAACUCAACUGCAAAUGCGCAGGAUGGUGCUCCUGUGAGCGUAUCCGUCAUGCCACGCAAUGCCCGCCCGCACCACCGUCACAACAACCUUGCACGAUCAAACCAACGUCCAUCUCCACGGGAAUCCCCUGCAAGCCUUGGUUCAAAGCGAAAAUUCACGUUCCCUGAUUUCUUUGACUUAUCUGGACUCAACAACGGUCGAGAUAUGGGUGGUGGAGGCAAACGAGGCCGCUUUACCUAG